AUGUCUUACUCCUCAAUGGCAGUCCAAUUCUUCACAGCCCCCAAACCACUCGGCGAUUCCAUGGAUGCCGACACAAGCAAAAAGUAUGGGUCCGACCCUCAAGGGCACACGGUCAUGAGACCAAAUGUCUCUACUGAACGGCCUUCCUCUGAGGUCGCUGAGCUCCACACGCCUAAGAGCCAGGGCUUGACUUUUGCAAACCAGGAUUCGCUGCCUAAGCUUCCUAUUCCCGAUCUCGAGGAUACUUGUCGCAGAUACAUAAAUACUUUGCAGGGCUUGCAGAGCCCGCGUGAUCAUGAAGAGACCAAGGCCGCUGUUCGAGACUUUUUAAAGAAUGAUGGUCCUCUUCUGCAAGAACGGCUUAAGACUUAUGCUGGUUCAAAGACGAGCUAUAUUGAGCAAUUUUGGUAUGAUUCUUAUUUGAAUUUCGAUAAUCCUGUCGUUUUGAACCUCAAUCCAUUUUUCCUUUUGGAGGACGACCCAACUCCCGCCAGAAAUCACCAGGUGACUCGAGCUGCGUCACUGGCGGUUUCAGCACUAGCAUUCGUUCGAGCUGUGCGUCGAGAGGAGUUGCCUCCUGAUGCAGUGCGAGGAACGCCUCUUUGCAUGUAUCAGUACUCGCGGCUUUUCGGAACAGCACGUCUACCUACCGACAAUGGCUGUGUCAUUAGCCAGGACCCCUCGGCUAAACACAUGGUUGUUAUGUGUCGGGGACAGUUCUACUGGUUUGACGUCUUAGAUGACAAUAGCGAUUUGAUCAUGACUGAGAAGGAUAUCUCGCUUAACCUGCAGGUAAUCAUUGAGGAUGCGGCUCAAACUCCGCUUCAUGAGGCUGCCAAGGGUGCUCUGGGUGUACUCAGCACCGAGAAUCGGAAGGUUUGGUCGGGGCUACGCGAUAUCAUGACCAAAGACUCUAGAUCUAACAACGCGGAGUGUUUGAACAUUGUCGAUACCGCGCUCUUUGUCCUAUGUCUCGACGGCACAGAGCCGUCCACCACAUCCGAGCUUUGUGCUAAUAUGCUUUGUGGUACAAGCGAAGUCGUUAAGGGUGUCCAGGUUGGAACUUGCACCAACCGGUGGUAUGACAAGCUGCAAAUCAUCGUCUGCGAGAACGGCAGUGCCGGUAUCAAUUUCGAGCACACCGGUGUGGAUGGCCACACGGUGCUACGGUUUGCCAGUGACGUGUACACUGAUACCAUCCUCCGCUUCGCGAGGACCAUCAACGGCCAAUCCCCAAGCCUAUGGGCAACUAGCAGCCCAGACCCAGCGAAACGCGACCCACAAAGUUUCGGAAAUGUCAGCACGACACCACGCAAGCUAGAAUGGGACAUGACACCCGAGCUUAACAUCGCGCUCCGCUUCGCCGAAUCCCACCUCUCCGACUUGCUCUGCCAGCACGAAUUCCAAGUUCUGGACUUUGAAGGCUUUGGCAAGAACUUUAUAACCUCAAUGGGCUUCUCUCCGGAUGCAUUCAUCCAAAUGGCCUUCCAAGCCGCCUACUACGGCCUCUACGGCCGAGUAGAGAACACCUACGAACCAGCCAUGACAAAGAUGUUCCUACACGGACGCACAGAAGCCGUGCGCACCGUAACAACCGAAUGCAUCGACUUUGUCACAGCAUUCUGGGGCGAGAACGCCGCCGAACAAAAGGUCGACGCCCUCCGUGUCGCCUGCAAAAAACACACCGACGCCACCAAGGAAUGUUCAAAGGGUCAAGGCCCAGACCGCCACCUCUACGCCCUCUACUGCCUCUGGCAGCGCUCCUUCGACGAAGGCCUCUUCCCAGACACCAGCUCAACGGGCGGGUACUCCAGCCCUGGCGAAACGCAAUCCCAAACCCAAAGCCAGGGUCCUGGAUCACCGAAACUCUCUUCCUCCUCCCUUUCAGACGACGGCCUCUCCUCACUGGGAAGCAGCGCACGCGCCUACCGUACAACAUCCACGCCAACGCCCGCGAUCUUCGCCGACGCCGGCUGGGACAAGAUCAACAACACCGUGCUGUCGACUUCGAACUGCGGAAACCCGUGUCUGCGACACUUUGGCUUCGGCCCCACAUCCGCCGACGGCUUCGGUAUCGGCUAUAUUAUUAAGGACGACUCAAUCUCGAUCUGCGCGAGUUCCAAGCACAGACAGACAUCGCGGCUUAUGCACACGCUUGAGUCGUAUCUGUUUGAGAUUCGGAAGUUGUUGCGUGCGACGAAUCGCAAGGCGACGAGUCCGCGUACUAGUCGGGCGAGAGAGACUGAGGCGCUUGCGGAGAGCUUGCAGUCCGAGUCGCAUCGGCGUGGUCGAAUUGUCAGAGGUGGGGGUGCGCAGGGUGUUGAUACGCCUACUUCGGCUGCUGAUAGUAGCUUUAUGGAGGAUGAUGGGAUGGGAGGAUAUGGCUUCUUUGAUGCUGGUAUGCUCCUUCAUGCGCUCAAGGGCCUGAAUGCGGAACGGGAACAACGCGGCGAGAAGCCUGCUAGAAGGAGGCGCUUCACAUCCACCCCCCGCACCGCCAGUUAUGCGGACACUCUACCAAACCUCAAGAUUGGCGCUCACACGAGAGUAUUAUUCCAAGGAUUUACGGGAAGACAAGCGACUGCCAAUGUCAAGGAGUCUCUUGAAUGGGGCACUAAGAUCGUGGGAGGUGUCAAGCCCGGCGUUGAAGGCGAACAUCUAGGUCUACCAGUCUUCCCAUCUGUCAAAGCGGCCCAAAAACGGGCAAAACCCGAUGCAUCCGCAAUCUAUGUGCCGGGAAACCAGACCGCCAAAGCCAUCGAAGAGGCUAUUGAAGCUGAAAUUCCACUCGUCGUAGCUGUGGCAGAACAUGUGCCGAUCCACGACAUCCUUCGGAUCCAUUCCAUGCUCCAAACACAAUCCAAAACCCGUCUGGUAGGUGCAAAUUGUCCAGGCAUUAUAUCCGCCAUUGGAAAAUGCCGAAUAGGCUUCCAGCCAUUGCCUUGCUUCGCGCCGGGUAAUGUCGGUAUCGUGGCUAAAUCUGGGACACUGAGCUAUGAAACUGUGGCGUCGACGACUCGCGCUGGUCUUGGUCAGAGUCUUUGUAUUAGUAUGGGCGGCGAUGUGCUGGCUGGCACGAACUUUGUUGAUGCUCUCACACUUUUUGAGAAUGAUCCUGAUACUCGGGGUAUUAUUCUGGUUGGUGAGAUUGGGGGGACGGCGGAAAUGGAUGCUGCUGAGUGGAUUAAGGGUUAUCGAAAUAGGACGGUUGAUCCUAAGCCUAUUAUGGCCCUUGUUGGGGGUUUGGAAGCACCCCCUGGUCGGAUUAUGGGACAUGCCGGUGCCUGGGCUGCGCCUGGGGAACCAGAUGCGGAAACUAAAUAUCGAGCACUUGAACGUGCUGGGGCGGUCAUGGUUAACCAUCCCGAGAAGUUUGGUGAAGGGAUGAAGACUUUGUUCGCGAACCAGUCUAGUCGUCCCGGUACAAGUCCAAUGUCCGGGACUAGCUCACAAAAACGUGGCUUCCAUACUAUGAGACGAGUCACUCCAAUUUCGAGACCGACAACUGAACAUAAGCGUAAUCUUUACAUCAAGCAGUUCCAGGCAUUCGACAUCCUCAAGCAAAAGUCGAUCCUUGUGGAUGAUACGGCUGCCAGCUCUGAUAGUUCUAUUUCCGUUUCCAUCACAGUCGAUCGAAUGGCUUUAUCGCCAUGCAUCAUUGCCUCGCCGACUUCGGAAUUUAACCCAGCUCAGUCGCAGAAAUUUCCAUUUCCCUACAAUCAAACCAAGUUAGAUAGCUCUAUCAUCACUGCUGUUGCCUCGAAUUUGAGUCUCCCAGACUCUUCCCACGAGCAGCUUUCAGGCAUUGUACAAGCUCUCUGGGAAAUUUACAAGGAAAAGGAGGCCUUUACGCUAGAGACGCGUAUUGGCAUCUCCACUGAUGGUACUUUGGAGAUCCACGCUGCGCGUUUUGGUUUCGAUGAUGCUGCAUUCCGCAGCUCGGGCCGACAGGAAGAUAUUCAUAAACUUCGAAAUAAAUCCGAAGAGGUCCCGGAGGAGGUUGAAGCCGAAAAGGAUGGGAUUGUUUACGUCAAGUUGGAAGGCGAAGGCAGCAUUGGCACGCUUGUUAAUGGAGCCGGUCUGGCGAUGAACACAGUCGAUGCUCUUACUAUCCACGGCGGCCACUGCGCGAACUUCCUCGACACCGGUGGCAAGGCUACUUCGGAGACUGUCAAAGCGUCAUUUCGCGUGAUUUGCUCUGACACGCGUGUCAAAGCCGUCUUUGUCAAUAUUUUUGGCGGACUGACUCGCUGCGAUAUGAUUGCUGAGGGCAUUAUCUUGGCUUUCCGAGAUUUGAAUAUGAAGGUUCCAGUGGUUGUCCGACUGCGAGGUACAAAUGAGGAACUGGGCCAGAAGAUGAUUGCGGAGAGUGGCCUCCCUUUGCAUGCAUUUGAUGGAUUUGAAGAGGCGGCAAAGAAAGUCAUCGCGUUAGCUAAGGGUCAAUAG